GAAUAUUCACUUUUUGUUUGAAAUAAGUCAAGUUUUUAUACAAUACCUCGCACAUACUACCUGUAUAACGACUGUAGGUUAAAAUAAUUUCGAAAUUUCUGUUCGAUGUAUGUGUGUGUAACUGUUUGAGUUUCGGGCUUUUUGAGAAUCUUAUAAAUCUCACUAUUCGCAUUAUUUUCUAUUGAGCAGUGUAAGAAAAAAUGGCAGAUACUAUAGAGAAAACCGAAAAAAUCGAAAAAUUACCCAUUAAAGUUACCCCUCCCAUCGAGGAUGAUGAUCAGAACACAACAUUGCACCAUGCAGCUGCAAAAGGCGACGUGGAUAAAUUCAAAAAGGAGUUUACCGAAGAUAUGAAAAUCGACGUGGUUAAUUUCUUGGGAUGGACACCUCUGAUGAUGGCCUGCAGAAAUGGUCAUAUAGAAAUGGCCAAACAUUUGCUUGAGCUGCGUGCAGACGCCAGUAAGAGCAAUUAUUUCGGAUUUUCAGUGUUCAUGAUCAGCAUAGCCAGUCGGAAAAUGGAACUCACCGAAAUUAUCCUGCGUCAUUUAUUGUGCGGUGGGAUAUCGAGAGAAAAAAUGCAAAGUAUAAUAUCUCCGAUUUCCCUUGCGAUAUUGUUCCAAGAUCAAGAUAUAGUGAGCUUCCUUAUCACGAAAGGGUUCGAUUUGAACGCUGGUCCAUCAGAUACAGGUCUAACUCCUCUGAUGUUCGCCGCAGCCAUGGAGGACUCCGCCUCGUACAAAAAACUGCUACAAAACGGUGCGGAUCCUUACAAGAAGAACCAAAGCGGCAGUACCGCUAUGGAGAUCAAGCAGUUCAUGUAUAACGAGCGGCACGCGCCCUUAACCCCUGCUGAGAUGAUCUCGCUCAGUCCUCACAUGCAACAGCCUUUUCCGGCUCCUAGUCAGGCACCCCUGUUGCAGCCCAACAUGGUGCCUGGGGUGGGGGCGCAGCAGAACAUAUUUUUGCACAGAAUGCGUCACUCCUCCAACGUGGCUGACUCUCCGCUGCCCAUGAUGUCCCCGGUAUCACCCAUACCCAUCUACCUUUCCCCACUUCCAGCCAUUCCCAAUAACGCUCCUCAGCUCUUUUUCUCAUCGGAUUUCUCACCAAACGCAGCCGUUUCACCGAAUGCAGUUUUCGUGAUGAGCCCCGUGGCACCUCCACCGUCGCCAAUGAACUUCCCUCCAGGCAGUUUCAUCAACGCUGGAACCAACAGUUUCCUCAACCAUGCGUUGACCGAGAGUUUCAGCAAUAUGUUUUUAUACUCUCCACAGCAUAAUGUUGUCAAUGAGUCAGCUUGAAUGGUAGUUUUGGUUUUAUUAUAGGUAAAGUAUGAAAUUUUAUUUGAGGAUAUGCUUGCUAAACGUACUAACUUGGCUUGUAAUGUACAAACUUAUAGCUUUGAUGGGAUUUGUGAGGAAUUCAAAUUCAAAUUUAUUGGUGCCAAUAUACACAUGUACUUGCACGCGCCAGAGACCUGCCUUAAAAUAAAAAACAGUAGAGACUAAGACAUCAAACAAAAUAAAAGUCACCGGAUAUUAAGAUGCUUUUCACAUUUUCUUCAAAUUUGUUAACAUGCAUGUCUCUGAUGCUUUUCGGUGGAUGAUUGAAAAACUUCAUGCCCUGGUACUCUGGAGAUUUCUGACAGCGUGUUAGCCAGAAAUACUCUGUCAUGAGUUUGUAGUUAAAGUAUUGUGUCCGUGGACAUCACUGUGCAUUCUGAGCAUAGCAUGGUUGUUAUUUAUAUGAUGGAUUGGAAAGGCAAUGUUAAAGUCCCUACAAGCCUGCCUACAAUCAGCCCGAAAAUCCAGUAUUUCAUUUAUCUGUAUAGCCUUCCUCGGAAGACCAUGGACACGAAGCGACUGCGCCGCGCAUCCCCAGAUCAGUAAAGCUUAAUAAUUUUAGUUAAUUUGUGAAAGCAGUUGAAAAGGAUGUGAGGAAAAUUUUUAAAAAUUUGCAAAUUUGUACGAUUUUUUACCAAGAUUUACAUAAUUUCCAAAUUUGCAAAAUUUUCAGAACUUUUAAUAUACCCAAAGCCUUCAUUCAUAAUUGUAAAAAUUUUUCUAAUUUCAAAAUUUUAAAAAACUUUAGAAGUUGCCAAAUUUCCUGAAAAUUUUCACAAUAUUGAAAAUUAUUGAAGUUCUGAAUGAUAAUUUUGAGCAUAUGGAAAAUUAUGCAAAUUUGGAAAAUUUUACAAAAUCCGAAAACAUGUGAUGCACCGUGUUGAAUCCUCACUCGAACAUUUCUCAAUGCAGCGUUGUCGUUUGUUUAUAAUCCUAUAAGAGACCAUUACUCAAAUGGCACUCAUCCUAUAAAUGUUACUGCCGAACUUUCCAGGUCAUCCACUAAAAGUCACUGCGACUAGCCAAUCCUCAACCUUGACCUACAAUAGCAAUAGCAAGACGUUUCGUCCACAUUUCAGAAGCUGGAUGAGAUGAUCCUGGUAAUUUACCAGUAGUUUUCAACGGCCAAUGCGCUCGAUGUCUUUCUCGGCUUGCCCCAACCUAAUGGUCUGCAUACAAUGUUCGAUCAUAUCACUGCUCUUGUUAGUCCUUGUGCCCAAUCCUUCAAAGUGGCAUACUUAAGUCUAUUAAUAUACACCGAGACCACACAAGAAGGACAAGAAUUUGCUUUAAAGGAUCUCUUCCGACAUCCCCGAAAACAUAGCACUGGAAACGUACAACGUCCUGGAUUGAAUCUUGUAUCCUGUAUAUAUGUCAUAUAAGCAGCUCAUCGAACUCUGAUACUAGAGCUGGAUAUUUCAGUAACAAACUGCCGCUUUGAUCUUGAUAAUUCGUCAACAUUUUCCAAAUUCAGUCAGUAUAAAAUUGAAGCUUUUUAGGAUGGAAGGAUGCUGAUGUUACAAAUUGGUGGCUAUCAGUCUCUAGUCUAUACUCAAGAUAGAUCUUGCCUAAUGCACCCUAAAACCGGACUUGAUCUAGUAGUGAACAUGUACAAAGCAUUUUAUCGCAAUUAGGCUUAGACACAAGUCGAGAAGAAUCAAAUACGUUUAUAAUGAGGCAUUCUCUGGAACAAAUUGGGAUAGUCGACAUCGGCUAUCAAUAUUGUUUAGGAAAGCCCAAAUCAUCCACGUAACCGCGUCGUAUACGGAAUUUUUUAUUGGAAUCCUGACGCUGAGACUCAAGUUGUGAGUUGGGUAGAUAAAAAAGUGGAAGAAUUUAGAAGCUUUUACCAUUAUCUUUGAUGUAUCUUAUAGGCUCUAGACUGAAAAUAUCGUUCACCUUCAUGUAUAUCUUGCUUCCAUAUGGCUUCGCGUAAAAUAUUGCUUUGGAGAAAAUGGUCAAGAAGAGUAAGGUCUGGAGAUCGUAGUGGCCCGGCAUGGCUACAAGGCAUCAAACUUUUACAACUUACAAACCUCAGAAUGCUUCCCAAAAUUUCAAUAAAGCUUCUAGGUUUGUACAAACCAGACAGAACAAAACAAUCUAUACAUAUACCCAGGGAUUCUGUGAAAAUUGACGUACUAUGUUACACGAAUAUUUUGUUUUGUAAGUUGGAAUUCUAGAUCCAUUACUUUUUAUUUUUGUAAUCGUACUUUCUAGUGUUUAAUUAUAGGUAUCAACAUUUUUGAAAACAAAUGUGAACCAAUUUAAAAACAGAUUUUAUGUGGAAUGCUAAAAGAUUGUCGUGAAUAUUUGACAAAAUCUGUACUUUUAUUAAUAUACUCUAUGAAACAUUAACAAGCAGCAUUUCCUUUGUUCACAAAAUUUCGCCUGUCUGGCAGACGAGUUCUCAUAAAAGGACCGCAGAAGUUGAGAUUUUGACAAGAAUCUCCUUACAUGCAGUGAGAAAUGCACGCCAUGACUUCCGC